AUGCAGUUGUGCUCUUCCUCUUCCCCCGCAACAAUUUCGUGAUUUCGCACGCGAAUCCCUCAUAAAAUUGCUUAAAAAUGGUCGGAAUAACGCCCGAAGAGAAGAAAACGCUCAUUACGCGCAAUCUGCAGGAGACCCUCGGCGAUGACAAGCUGACCAAGAUCCUGGCGGAGCGGGAUCUGAAGAUCUACUGGGGAACGGCGACGACGGGCAAGCCACAUGUCGCCUACUUCGUGCCCAUGUCGAAGAUUGCCGAUUUCCUGAAGGCAGGAUGCGAGGUGACGAUCCUGUUUGCCGACCUCCAUGCCUAUCUGGACAACAUGAAGGCGCCCUGGUCCCUGCUGGAGCUGCGCACUCAGUACUACGAGCAGGUCAUCAAGGCCAUGCUGAGUUCCAUUGGCGUGCCACUGGAGAAGCUGAAGUUCGUCAAGGGCAGCGACUAUCAGUUGUCCAAGGAAUACACCCUGGAUGUCUACAAACUAAGCUCCGUGGUCACGCAGCACGAUGCAAAGAAGGCGGGCGCCGAGGUGGUCAAACAGGUGGAGUACCCCCUGCUCUCUGGACUGCUCUACCCCGGCCUGCAGGCCCUGGACGAGGAGUACCUCAAGGUGGACGCCCAGUUCGGUGGCGUAGACCAGCGCAAGAUCUUCACCUUCUCGGAGAAGUACCUGCCGCAGUUGGGCUACGAGAAACGCAUCCACUUCAUGAAUCCCAUGGUGCCCGGUCUGGCUGGUGGCAAGAUGUCCUCGUCCGAGGAGGACUCUAAGAUCGACCUUCUGGACUCCCCGGCCAACGUGAAGAAGAAGCUGAAGAAGGCCUUCUGUGAGCCCGGAAACAUUGCCGACAAUGGUCUGCUGUCCUUCGUCAAACACGUCCUGUUCUCGCUCUUCAAGGAGGGUGAAGGAUUCGAGGUCAACCGGGAGGCGGAACACGGUGGGGAUGCUAUCUUCCUGAAGUACGAAGAUCUGGAGAAGUACUAUGCAGAGGACAAACUGCAUCCGGGUGACCUGAAGGCCACCGUGGAGAAGUACAUCAAUCGACUGCUGGAUCCCAUUCGCAAGGCCUUCGAGAAGCCAGAACUGCAAAAACUGAGUGCUGCUGCUUAUCCACCACCUGCCAAGGUAAAAGCAGGAGCUGCUGCACCGGCUGCUGGGGCUGACGAAGAUGCUCCCCAUCGUCUGGAUAUCCGAGUGGGCAAGGUCGUGGAGGUGGCCCGUCAUCCGGAUGCCGAUACCCUUUAUGUACUGAAGAUUGACCUGGCUGAGGAGCAGCCCAGAACCAUUAUUAGUGGCCUGGUGAAGUUCGUCACCCAGGAGGAGCUGGAACAGCGACUGGUGGCGGUUCUUUGCAACCUGAAGCCCUCCAAGAUGCGUGGCAUUUUGUCCGAGGGAAUGGUUUUGUGCACCUCAAACGCUGAUCACACAGUUGUGGAACCGAUUGUUUUGCCAGCAACAGCUACUCCCGGCAGCCGCCUCUCCUUCGAGGGAUUCAGUGGCACGCCCGACGAGCAACUUAAUCCCAAGAAGAAGGUGUGGGAGAAGCUAUCCGCAGACUUCAAAACCAACAGUGAUGGAUUGGCCGUGUGGAAGGACAACUUCCUGCUGACCCCCGAGGGCGAGAAGCUGUCUAGCAAGCUGGCCAACUGCUCUAUUAAAUAGAACUUCGAAUGCCAGCCUACCUGAGCCGUGUAAUACUUACAACUAAGCCGAAUGUUCACAAAAAAAACUGCUGCUAAUUUAUUGAUUCCCCUUUGUAAACAAUAUGCAUUUUGUUAAAUAAAGCGCUCAAAAAUA